ACUUGUUUGUUGCGUUUGUUUCGAGAUACUCCCUUUGUUAAACCAGAAUUCUGUGUACAUAUGACCCUUGAAGAAUUUCGCGGACAGGAAUACACAAUGCAGCUUGCUGGCAAAGCAUUGGCGGAGCUUCUGGUCUCUGCACAAAGCCAAGAAUGUCUGACGGUUGGAGUAUACGAGUCUGCAAAAGUCAUGAAUGUUGAUCCAGACUGCGUGGCUUUCUGUGUUCUGGCAACUGAUGAGGAGUACGAAUGCGACAUCGCCCUGCAGAUCCACUUCACCUUAAUCCAGGCGUUCUGCUUUGAUAACGAUAUAGACAUCGUGAGAGUGAACGACACCCAGCGACUGGCUGAGAUUCUGGGCGACACUGAUGAGUCUGGCGCACCUGAAGACGUGCAUUGCAUUCUUAUCACGAAUCCAAGUGCAGAUACGUUUGAAGACCCUGCUCUGGAAAAGCUGAGCUUGUUCUGUGAGGAGUGUCGCGGCUUCAAUGAAUGGGUCCCUGCUAUCACACUCCCUGAGCGUUGAACCGAGACACGUCAACUCCUGUUGGGGAUGCUUAACCUUCGUUUAAUUAUCAUCAUGGAAUACAUGGGUUACCCAUCAAAUUCCUGAAGUCUGUUCAUUAUUCUGUUGAGGAAUCAGAUGCGGCAUCGGGAAGUCGCUGUAACAGGCGUUUUGCAGAGCCUUGCGACGCAGGUGGACGGUUCAUAUCAAGGUGCCUCCCACUUUAUGGAGGGAGUGGGGGCUGGUAUACCAUGGAAGAGUGGAGUUUUAUUGAGUUCUGGAUCAGUGUGGAGAUUUCAGAGGGAUAGAGAAAAUUUGUUAGAAAAGACUUACGCUUACGUUUUAGGAAAUCAAACAUAUUACAAUGUGGUUAUGAAGCGGAUCGACUGAUGUAACCUUACUGUAUACAAAACUGUCGUAAAAGUAAAACAAAUGUUUACAGAGUGUUACUAUGUACUAUAAUGGAAUGAUUUUGAUAUGUUGAAUUUUGAUACUGAGAAACAAAAUAAAUAUUUGAAAAUUA